CGCCGCCCGGAGCCGCGUCCCUUCGGUCCAGUCCUGUCCCCGGCGCGGCCCGGCCCGCGGCUCCCCGCGUCGCCAUCCCCGUCCCUUCCGCGCUAUGGCCCGUUUGCGGCCGUGCGACCCGGCCCCACUACUGUUGCUCCUGCUGGUGGCGGCGCUCGCCCUGCCCGGCGCCCGCGGGACAUGCCCGGAGCGCGCGCUGGAGCGGCGCGAGGAGGAGGCGAACGUGGUGCUCACCGGCACGGUGGAGGAGAUCCUCAACGUGGACCCGGUGCAGCUCACGUACUCUUGCAAGGUUCGAGUCUGGCGGUACUUGAAGGGCAAAGAUGUCGUGGCCCAGGAGAACCUGAUGGAUGGUGGCAACAAGGUGGUGAUCAGUGGCUUUGGAGACCCUCUCAUCUGUGACAACCAGGUGUCCACUGGGGACACCAGGAUCUUCUUUGUGAACCCAGCUCCUCCUUACCUAUGGCCAGCCCACAAGAAUGAGCUCAUGCUAAACUCCAGCCUCAUGCGGAUUACUCUUCGAAACCUGGAAGAGGUGGAGUUUUGUGUAGAAGACAAACUUGGGACCCACUUCACGCCAGCUCCUCUGAUGCCUCCUGAUGUGUGCAGGGGAAUGCUGUGUGGCUUUGGUGCUGUGUGUGAGCCUAGCAUAGAGGAUGCAGGCCAGGCCUCCUGUGUGUGCAAGAAGAGCGCCUGCCCUGCGGUGGUGGCACCUGUGUGCGGUUCAGACGCUUCCACCUACAGCAAUGAGUGUGAGUUGCAUCGUGCGCAGUGUGUCCUCCAACGGCGCAUCCGUCUGCUCCGUCGUGGACCCUGUGUGUCCAGGGACCCCUGCGCCAAUGUGACCUGCAGCUUUGGCAGCACCUGUACCCGCUCAGCUGAUGGGCAGACAGCCACAUGCCUGUGCCCGUUGACCUGCCAUGGGGCCCCAGAGGGCACCGUGUGCGGCACUGAUGGUAUCGAUUAUCCUGGUGAGUGCCAGCUUCUGCUUCAUGCCUGCACACGCCAGGAAAACAUCUCUAAGAAGUUCGAAGGCCCCUGUGACCCCUGCCAAGGAGCCCUCACUGACCUGAGCCACGUCUGUCGUGUGAACCCACGUACACGGCGCCCAGAGAUGCUUCUGCAGCCAGACAGCUGCCCUUCCCGGCACUCACCUGUGUGUGGGGAUGAUGGGGUCACUUAUGAAAAUGACUGCACCAUGGGCCGCACUGGAGCGGUCCGGGGCCUGCUACUCCAGAAAGUGCGCUCUGGCCAGUGUCAACCUCGAGACCAGUGCCCUGAGGCUUGCCAGUUUAAUGCCGUGUGCCUGUCUCGCCGUGGCCGUCCCCGCUGCACCUGUGACCGUGUCACCUGUGAUGGAACCUACAAGCCCGUGUGUGCCCAGGAUGGGCACACGUAUGACAAUGACUGUUGGCGCCAGCAGGCAGAAUGUCAGCAGCAGCGUGCUAUACCCGCCAAGCACCAGGGCCUGUGUGCCCAGGCCCCCUCCCCAUGCCACGAGGUGCAGUGUGCGUUCGGGGCAGUGUGUGCUGUAAGGAACGGGAAGGCUGUAUGUGAGUGCCAGCAGGUGUGUGCAGGCAUCUACGACCCUGUGUGUGGCAGUGACGGCAUCACGUACGGCAGCAUGUGCGAGCUGGAGGCCAUGGCCUGUGCCCUGGAGCAGGAGAUCCAGCUGGCCCGCCGAGGACCCUGUGACCAGUGUGGGCAGUGCCAUUUUGGAGCCCUGUGUGAGGCUGAGACCGGGCGCUGUGUAUGCCCCUCUGAGUGUGUGCCCUCAGCCCAGCCUGUGUGUGGUUCUGACGGACACACGUAUGCCAGUGAAUGUGAGCUACAUGUCCAUGCCUGUACCCAGCAGAUCAGCCUUCACGUGGUCUCGGCCGGACCCUGCCAGACCUGUGGGAGCACAGUGUGUGCCUUUGGGGCAGUGUGCUCAGCUGGACAGUGUGUGUGUCCUCGGUGUGAGCGUCCCCCGCCAGGCCCUGUAUGUGGCAGUGAUGGUGUCACCUACCCCAGUGCCUGUGAGCUGCGGGAGGCUGCCUGCCAGAAGCAGGUGCAGAUUGAAGAGGCCCGGGCAGGGCCCUGCGAGCAAGCUGAAUGUGGCUCGGGAGGCUCUGGCUCUGGGGAGGAAGGCGAGUGUGAACGGGACCUAUGCCAGCAGCGUGGUGGCAUCUGGGAUGAAGACUCAGAAGAUGGGCCAUGUGUCUGUGACUUCAGCUGCCAGAGUGUCCCGAGGAGCCCGGUGUGCGGCUCAGAUGGGGUUACCUAUGGCACUGAGUGUGAUCUGAAGAAGGCCAGGUGUGAAUCACAGCAAGAACUGUAUGUCGCAGCUCAGGGAGCCUGCCGCAGCCCUACAUUGGCACCACUGCCACCUGUCGUUCUCCCACACUGUACCCAGACCCCCUAUGGCUGCUGCCAGGACAACGUCACCGCUGCCCGGGGCGUGGGCCUUGCCGGCUGCCCACGCUCUUGCCAGUGCAACCCGCAUGGCUCCUACAGUGGCAUCUGCGACCCGGCCACGGGGCAGUGCUCCUGCCGACCAGGCGUGGGCGGCCUCAAGUGUGACCGCUGUGAGCCUGGCUUCUGGAACUUCCGUGGCAUCGUCACCGACCACCUGAGUGGCUGCACUCCCUGCAGCUGUGAUCCACGGGGGGCUGUGCGAGACGACUGUGAACAGAUGACUGGACUCUGCUCCUGCAAGCCAGGCGUGGCCGGGCCCAAGUGUGGGCAGUGUCCAGAAGGCCACGUCCUGGGCCCUGCUGGUUGUGAGGCAGGCUCCUUGGUGCCCAAGACCUGUGUGGAGAUGCACUGUGAGUUUGGAGCCUCCUGUGUGGAGGAAGCUGGAUCUGUCCACUGUGUGUGCCCAGCCUUCACAUGCCCAGCGGCCAAUGCCACUAAGGUCUGUGGGUCUGAUGGCGUCACAUACGGCAGCGAGUGCCAGCUGAAGACCAUCGCCUGCCGCCAGGGCCUGGACGUCUCUGCCCAGAGUCUUGGCCCAUGCCAGGAUGCUGUUGCUCUUGGCACGCGCCUGACGCCCGCAUCUGUGAGCCCCUUGGAGCAUGUCCUGAGCGAGGCGUUGCCAUCCCCCCCCAGCGCCCUUCCCCUGGCACCCAGCAGUGUCCCCCACAGCCAGGCUACUCCUCCACCCUUGUCACGACCUUGGACCACAUCCAGCAUCCCCAGGCCCACGGCCAGGCCUGUGCUAACUGUGCCUCCCACAGCAGCUUCCACUGCCACCAGCCUUGCCACAUCAGCCUUUGGUGAAUCUGGCAGCACCGAUGGGAGUGGUGACGAGGAGCUCAGUGGAGACCAGGAGGCCAGUGGGGGUGGCUCUGGGGGCCUUGAGCUCCCUCCAGGCAACAGCAUGGCGACCCCUGGGCCACCCAUCGAGAGGGCUUCCUGCUACAACUCCCCUUUGGGCUGCUGUUCAGAUGGGAAGACACCCUUGCUGGAUGCCGAGAGCUCCAACUGCCCUGCCACCAAGGCAUUCCAAGGCGUGUUGGAGCUGGAGGGGGUCGAGGGGCAGGAGCUGUUCUACACACCUGAGAUGGCUGACCCUAAGUCAGAGCUGUUUGGGGAAACUGCCCGGAGCAUUGAGAGCUCGCUGGAUGACCUGUUCCGCAACUCAGAUGUCAAGAAAGACUUCUGGAGUGUCCGCCUGCGGGAUCUGGGGCCUGGCAGAUGGGUCCGAGCCAUUGUGGAUGUGCAUUUUGACCCCAGUACAGCCUUCAGGGCUCCUGAUGUGGGCCAGGCCCUGCUCCGGCAAAUCCAGGCAUCCAGGCGCCGCACCCUAGUGGUGAGGAGGCCUCUGCAGGAGCAUGUGAGAUUCAUGGACUUUGACUGGUUUCCAGCCUUCUUCACAGGAGCUGCCACAGGAGCCACAGUUGCAGUGGCCACGGCCGGAGCUACCACCACAGGGCAACUGCCCUCUGCUGUGACCCCUCGGGCCUACCCCAGUCGCACCAGCCGACCUACUAGCAAGACCACAGCACCCCCUACCACACACUGGCCGUCCACCACAGUCCCCAGCCACACGGCACAACACUGGCCUAUUCCCCCAGACCCCCAGCAGCCUCUGAGGCCUUGUGCCUCCCAGCCCUGCCUCCAUGGGGGCACCUGCCAGGACCAGGACUCUGACCAAGACUUCACUUGCAGCUGCCCAGCAGGCAGGGGUGGCACCAUCUGUGAGGAGGUGCUACGCCCCUCUGUGCCUGCCUUUGGAGGCCGCGCCUUCCUGGCCUUCCCAACCCUCCGUGCCUACCACACAUUGCGCCUGGCACUAGAAUUCCGGACUCUGGAUCUACAGGGACUGCUGCUGUACAAUGGAAAUAACCACGGCAAAGACUUCCUGGCACUGGCUCUGCAGGGUGGGCGGGUGCAGCUCAGGUUUGACACAGGUUCUGGGCCAGCGGUGCUGACUAGCUCCGUGCUUGUGGAGCUGGGCCGGUGGCACCGCCUAGAACUGUCAAGGCACUGGCGCCAGGGCACACUCUCUGUGGAUGGUGAGAGCCCUGUUACGGGCGAGAGCCCCAGUGGCACAGAUGGCCUUAACCUGGACACGGACCUGUUUGUGGGUGGCGUCCCAGAGGACCAGGCUGCUGUGGUGCUCGAGCGGACCUCUGUUGGGGUUGGCCUAAAGGGCUGCAUCCGCUUGCUGGACAUCAACAAUCAGCGGUUGGAGCUGGGCAGCUGGCAGGGAGCUGUCUCCCAGAGCUCUGGUGUGGGCGAGUGUGGGGAUGACCCCUGCACGCCCAACCCCUGCAGCAGUGGAGUACCCUGCCAGGUGCUCGAGGCUGGAGCGUUCCACUGUCAGUGCCCACCUGGCCGUUUUGGUCCAACCUGUGCCCGUGAGAAGAGCCCCUGCCAGCCCAACCCCUGCCAUGGAGCAGCCCCUUGCCGUGUACUACCUGAGGGAGGCCCUAAGUGCGAGUGCCCCCUUGGGCGUGGGGGUGCCCUCUGCCACAUAGCCUUGGAGAGGGACUGGGGCUCCCUGCCCUUCAUGGCUGACUUCAGCGGCUUCUCCUACCUGGAGUUGAAAGGCCUGCACACCUUUGAACGAGACGUGGGGGAGAAGAUGGCACUGGCAGUUGUGUUCCUGGCCCGGGGCCCCAGCGGCUUGCUCCUCUACAAUGGGCAGAAGACAGAUGGCAGGGGGGACUUUGUAUCAUUGGCCCUGCGCGACUGGUUUCUAGAAUUCCGUUACGACCUGGGCAAGGGGGCUGCAGCCAUCAGGAGCAAGGAGCCAGUAGCCAUGGGUACCUGGACAAAGGUCUUACUGGAGCGAAACGGCCGCAAGGGUGCAAUGCGCGUGGGUGAUGGGCCCCGUGUGCUGGGGGAGUCCCCGAAAUCCCGCAAGGUGCCACACACCGUGCUCAACCUGAAGGAGCCACUCUAUGUGGGGGGUGCCCCUGAUUUCAGCAAGUUGGCCCGGGCAGCUGUGGUGUCCUCUGGCUUUGAUGGUGCCAUCCAGUUGAUCUCCCUGGGAGGCCGCCAAUUGUUGACUCAGGAGCAUGUUCUGCGGGCAAUGGGCAUCUCAUCCUUUGAAGACCACCCUUGCACCAAAGCCUUGGGCCACCCCUGUCUCAAUGGAGCCUCAUGUCUUCCACGGGAAGCUGCCUAUGAGUGCUUGUGUCCCACAGGCUUCUCAGGGCUGCACUGUGAGAAAGGGCUGGUUGAGAAGUCAGCGGGGGACCUGGACACACUGGCCUUCGAUGGGCAGACCUACAUUGAGUACCUCAGUGCUGUGAGGGAGAGUGAGAAGGCGCUACAGAGCAACCACUUUGAACUGAGCCUGCGUACCGAAGCCACUCAGGGGCUGGUGCUGUGGAGUGGGAAGGCCACGGAGCGUGCAGACUAUGUGGCACUGGCCAUCGUGGAUGGGCACCUGCAGCUGAGCUAUGACCUGGGCUCCCAGCCCGUGGUACUGCGCUCUACCGUGAAGGUCAACACCAAUCACUGGCUGCGGGUUAGGGCUCACAGGGAGCAAAGGGAAGGAUCCCUUCAGGUGGGCAACGAAGCCCCUGUGACCGGCUCCUCUCCUCUGGGUGCCACACAGCUGGACACAGAUGGAGCCCUGUGGCUUGGGGGCCUUCAGAAGCUGCCCACGGGCCAGGCGCUGCCCAAAGCCUAUAGCACAGGCUUUGUGGGCUGCCUGCGGGAUGUGGUGGUAAGCGGGCACCCACUACACCUGCUGGAAGAUGCAGUCACCAGGCCAGAGCUACGGCCCUGCCCCACCCCUUGACCAGCAGCCAAGACCCUGCCCACCCUGCUGUAAUUAUUUUCUAUUUUUGUAAACUUACUGCUUUUCCAUAUGAUUUUCUUGCCUGUGUUGGCCAGGGGGACUGCUGACCUGGGCUCCCCUCUGUCCAGGCAGCCGUGCUGUGGAGACACGUGGUACCGGACACUUGCAGGGGCUACAGGGCACCCUCAAGACUUGCCCCUCUGCCUCAGGGCACAUGCUGCAGCCUCUUGCACUGUGUCCCCCGUGUAUCUGCCUGUGUCAGUCCCUUGUGUUCCUGCUCCCCAUGUCACCAUGUUCUGUUGGAUGAGGUCCAUGUCCCCAAGCAGGGGAGCUGUAGGCUUCGAUAGGGCCUUCGUCCGAGCAAGCCCCAGGGCCUCCUGGUUCCUACUUACACUCCUGUUGUCUGUGUGUGCUGUAGGUGAGCCUCGCCUAGGCUGGCCUGGAACCCAGGCCCUUCUGUGCCAGUACUGUGACCUAGAAACAAUGUUACUUUUGGGCCUGUGCCUCACACCUCCAAGUGUGUCUCUUAGCUCCAGGGUGCUGGAGGACAGCCCAGGGCCAGGGCACUUCACUGAGCCUGCCUGUCCACCCUGGAUGUAGCCCACCUCCCCACACUCAGUGGCUCCUGAGGGAGUGGACCACCGUGCGAUGUGGCCCACUGUGUGGCAGCCAGCUUCCUUCCCUCAGGGGUGAGUGUCCAGGCCUGAAAACCAACCAUUUUCUUCAAACACUGGUCUCAUUUUUUUUCUCCCUCUAUCCUGGCCCCAGAGCAGUACAAGUUGCGGGCCAGGUCUACCAUGAGGGAGGCUGUGCUCAUCUGAGAGUGACCAGGGACAGCCUGGUGCCUGACUGAGGCCGAAGGGCAGGUGCAGGAGUGGCAGGGCUGGCAGUGGAGCUAGAAAUGCCUUAAAAGCGCAGCAUGCACCCCACCAUCCCCUCCCUCCGUGCAGGCUGUGCAGGGCCAUCAAAGCCUGGUAGAGUGGCAGCCUGGCCCCCGGCUAGGCGCGGUGGAGGCAGGAGGGAGCCGCAUGGUAUCUUGUUACUAACUCCAGUUGUGUCUGUCAAACACCGUGAAAUAAAGUGUAAACCAGA